CACAAACUUCUCCCCGACCCGUAGUUCCUACCUCAAUGCGUCGACUAGUUUUCAAUGCUUUACACAACCUGUCUCAUCCCGGCAUACGUGCUUCGCAGAAGCUCGUAACGGAACGCUUCAUAUGGCCCAACGUCAAUCGCGAUGUCCGCCUUUGGGCACGCGCAUGCUUAGAGUGUCAGCGCGCCAAGGUCUACAGACACACCAAAAGCCCACUUGGCGUCUUUCCCGCUCCUGACGCUCGUUUUGCACACGUCCAUGUCGACCUGGUCGGACCUUUGCCUCCAUGCAAAGGCUACGUGUACCUACUCACCUGUGUCGACCGAUUCACUCGUUGGCCAGAGGCGAUUCCGUUAGUCAACUGCUCAUCUGAGACAGUUGCGCAAGCUUUCUUAGAACGCUGGGUAGCUCAGUUCGGUUGCCCAAGCGUAGUCAUCACCGACAGAGGAUCACACUUCGACGGAUCCUUCAGCAAAUUGCUCAACGUUCUUGGUUGCCAACAUAAUCGAACCACCGCAUACCAUCCUGCAGCUAAUGGGAUGGUAGAAAGGUUCCACCGGCAACUCAAAGCCUCACUCUGUGCCCAAUCUAGCACAUCCUGGCACGAAGCACUUCCGCUCGUUCUCUUAGGCAUAAGAAACACGAUUAAAGCGGAUUUGCACGCCACUCCAUCGUCGCUAGUCUUUGGAUGCACACAACGCUUACCUGGUGAACUCGUCUCACCAAAAGCGCCAACAACUUUCGACUAUGGCGACUACGCAGCUCGCCUAUCUCAUCACAUGCGACAGCUUCAGCCUGUGCAACCCAGAGCACAGAGCUUGCGUACCAACGUGGACGAACGCUUAACUACUUGCACGCACGUGUUCGUUCGCACUGACAGCGUACGCCGACCACUUCAACCUCCUUAUUCUGGUCCGUACCGUGUCGUACGCAGAAGCGACAAGACGUUUACCAUUGACUACAAUGGUAAGACUGAGACGAUCAACGUCGAUCGACUCAAGCCAGCAUUCCUCGACAAGUCUGACUCGCCGGUGCAACAAGCACCUUCACAGCCCGUGCCAUCACAGCCGGCACCGCAAACGCAGACGAGUCAGCCCGCUCCAGCAGAACCGACAAACACAACCGACAGCACUCCUACCCGCCCUACUCUCAAUCGACGCGGUAGGAAACUCAAGCCUCCAGUUCGUUUUUCAGACUUUGUCAGCACUUACUAUUUUACGUAGAACGUGCCUUAGAAAUUUUCUGCUCUUACUAAACGUUUUUGAAAAUCCACAAAAAAGAUCAAAACGUUUUGAAAUUGCCAAAAAA